AUGAAGUACCAGCGUCUCGCUUCUCUCGGCGCAGUCCUCUUCGGCGCUGCUGCUACCGUCUCUGCUAAGCACUUGGGCGGCCGUCAUGAGCAUAACCAGUGCCCCAAGGGUUACACCGUGUCCGUCUAUACUAGCUAUAGCACUAUGUAUCUGACCUCCACCUCUUCGGCUGCUCCGGAGGUCACCUCUACCUCCUCUCCCGUUGCAAUUGUGGAGACCGCUGCUCCUGUCGAGACUACCACUGCCGUUGGCGACGACGCCGCUUCGGUCUCAUCCUCGACUACCUCUUCUACUCCCGUGCCGACUAGCGAGGCUCCAGUCGCCACGACCACGCAAGCCACCGUCGCUGUUGUCGCGGAGCUGUCCACCGAGAACGCCGUUGCUGCGGUUGCUACUUCCACCACCAGCCUGGAGACUACCUCUUCGGCCUCUUCUACUUCCACUACCGAAGCUGCUGCUGCUGCCACCUCCUCUACCUCUUCCUCUUCCUCUUCCUCUUCUUCCACUUCCGGAGAGGCUACCUACUAUGGUGGUAACGUUGCUGGUGGAACCUGCUCUUUCUCUGGGUACACUCUGCCCAGCGGUCUCUUCGGUACUGCCUUCUCUGGUGCUGCCUGGGACAAUGCUGCCGAGUGCGGUGCUUGCGUUGCUGUUACUGGACCUAAUGGUAACACCAUCAAGGCUAUGAUCGUCGACCAAUGCCCCGAGUGCGCCGCCAGCCACCUCGACCUCUUCCAAGACGCCUUCGCCGAGCUCUCCGACAUCUCCGCCGGUGUUAUCGACAUCACCUGGGAGUACACUGCCUGCGACCUCGCCGGCCCCCUUCAGCUGAAGAACAAGGAAGGUACUUCCCAGUACUGGUUCUCGAUGCAGGUUGUCAAUGCCAACGAGCCCGUUACCAAGCUCGAGGUUAGCACCGACGGUGGUAGCACUUGGCAGAGCACUACCCGCACUUCGUACAACUACUUCGAGCAGUCUUCUGGAUUCGGUGUGGACACUGUUGAUGUUCGUGUUACCGGCCAAUCUGGAAGCACUGUUGUUGUGAACAGUGUGGGAUGCUCUUCUGGUUCGGAGAUUACUGCUUCUUCGAACCUGUGA